AUGGCAGAGGUUGCAGAUGCUGCAGAGACUGCAGACACUGCAAACAGCGAGCCUGUAGCCGCAAGCCAGCCAGAAGAGAAUGCUGGGAGCGGGGGCAAAGGAAACAAGAGGAGGCGGAAAGGCGGCGAUAGUGACAAGCAGUUCGACCUUGUCGGAACAAUCAGAAUGUUCAAUGCAGACAAAGGUUGGGGUUUCAUAGAUGGCGAUACUGGUGGCAAGGACAUUUUCCUGCACGCCAAGCAUUUCGUGGGCAAGCCACCCAAUUACUGGAUAGGCCACAAAAUGCAAACGAAGGAUAAACAUGUCGCCCCCAGAGUCGCUGAGGGCCCUGUCAGGGUUAUGUUUGACAUGUCCUUGACCAGCCAGGGAAAACCUCAGGCGCUGAAUGUACGGAUAACCGGCGGCCACGAGGAGCCAGAGGAUGAUGACAGUGAUGAUAGGCCGAGGCGGACGUCACCUACCUGUGAGAACUGCGGUUCUACCGUGGUGUCUCGGUCUGCAUCCUCUGCGGCACUCCUGCGCCGAGUCGUGGACGGUAGACUCUACCUGGUAGAUGCGUAUGCCCACAUUGCCUCCUCUAUCGAUACUGGAGCUUCAGCCAAGAAGGAGAAGCUCCACUCUGCAAACGUCAUGGCCAAACGCAAGGAUGAGAUCUUCAAGCGCAUCCGCGCCGGCACGCUGGUGCGCAUGCUGCAGGACAGAGAGGUCUCGGAGUCCGUUUACGCCCUUGGUCCCGGCUCUGAGCAUGGCGACCGUGCCAGCGCAUCCUCUGUCCUGGCUUCCAAGGCUGGACCAGCGGCUCCGCCGCUUAGCGUGGCAUCGGUGAGUUCUGUGGCAGGGUCCGUAGUCAGUGUCGUUGAGACGGACACGACUGUCUCAGAGGCACGGGACCUUGUUCUGCUGGAUGUACGAGAAGGAGAUGAGUUUGAGCAAUGCCAUCUCCCGCUUGCGGUGUCCUACCCGGCACCCAAGAUCAACAGGGAUCAGUUCAUCCCUGAGCUGCUGCGAUGCAAGCGCGAUCCUGCAAAAUUGUUAGUUGUCUAUGGCUCGAAUGAGCAAGCCACGAUUGGCGUUGCCAAGCUACUUGUGGAGAAGGGCUGGGAGAACGUUCACGCGCUCACCGGCGGCUUUGAAGAGAUGAUCCAAAGUUACCCUGAAGUGCUUGAGGGUACUGUGCCUGACAGGCCGCUGACCACCAGCACCACCCGGUCUGCGCCGAGGAGAUAA